UCGAAAUUUCGAUUAAUCGGUAAAACCCGAGAUUGGGUAAAACCCAUAAACGACUAAACGUACGAGUUUUCCAAGAACGAACUGUUGUUGACACGAAUAGACGCAAAGAUGGCGGCGCCCUGUGACAACGACGACCACUCGGACCAGCGAGAAAUACUUCCAUACCCCGGCAAUAAAUCGAAGUCGGAGGUAUGGAAGUAUUUCGGAUUUUACAGGAGGGCAGCCGGUCCACCGACAAAACAAAAUUUGGAUAUGGCUAGAGCCGUUUGCAGGCUGUGCAGGCGUACGUACGCCAAUAAAGGGAACACGUCCAACUUCAUGGCUCAUAUUAAAACGGAACAUGGAGAUGAAUUAGAGUCGUCCGAAUCGAGUAACGCAGCUAGUGCUAAAGCAACGAAACAGACUUCACUGACAUACUUUGUAAAUGCUGGUCCUAGCGGUCCAUCCAAGUUGGGAAAAAUGUCAGAACAACAGCAACACAAGAUAGACAUUGCUCUGUAUAAACUCAUUCUUGGCAAAGUUCUGCCUGUUAGUUUAGUGGAGAAUAAUUUCUUCAGGGAAUUUGUCCAUCUACUUGAUGCCAGGUAGAAGGUUCCAACCAGAGCUGCAAUCCUAAAAGGUCUGAACGUCAAAAAAGAAGAAAUACAGUUGAAGAUAGAGAAAGAUCUGAAACGGGCUGAUGAUGUUGCUAUUACCCACGAUUCUUGGACCAGCAUCAGUACAAAGUCGUAUUUCACCACAACGGUCCACUUUAUUGAUGAUGCGUGGAUGCUAAAGCAUGCUGUUUUAGGAACAAUUAAAUCUGAUGGAAGUCAUACGAGUGAAAACAUUUCAAAGGAACUCAUGGAACAAAACAAAGGUGGGGAUUGCCAGUGCCCAUAGCUGUAACUGACAAUGCUGCCAAUGAACAGAAAGCUUAUGAAUUGCUGGAAUGGACAAGAUUUGGUUGCUAUGGGCACUGCAUCAACCUAGUAGUUAAGAACGUCCUAAAAUUUCCCGAUGUUGUGCGAAUUUUGGGAAAGAUC